UUCUUCAAAUGUUUACCAAAUUACAAACUGCAAAAAUCGAUUUAUUUCAUAGGAAACUGGAUGAAGAAAAACCUGCUACUUCAUUUGAUAACAUCAAUCUACAUUAUUUUGACUGACGAAAGAACAGAAUUGAAACAAGGUCUUGGAUUCUUUGACUACCAGACCAACAUGGUGAAACUGGCAAAGAACAUUGCAAAAACUGCACAGGAUAUGGUUUCUUUUAUCAUUGCAAAUCUACAGUCAGGCUCACAAGGUACUCAGGCUUGUAUCAGUUCUGCCCACACCACCAGUGGUAUCAUAGACGAUCUCGACACCACAGUAAUGUUUGCCAUUGCAGGAACUUUGAAUGCCAAUAGUGAUGAAAACUUUGCUGAUCACAGCAUCAGUUUGACAUUUGAAACGGGAAGCCUAUAUUACUCAGAUGAAGUCAACUUGUACUUUUACGGAGAAAGCAUUUUGAAAACUGCCAAAGCUUCGGUUGAAGAUACCAAGAUACCUGUUGGUGGAGCAGCGACUAACCAGGAACAGUUGGCCAAUGCUGCACAGAUGGCUUGUCAAGACAAUCACACGCUUGGCAGAUGUCGUGUAGUUUAGUGCUGGAUCCCAGGGUUCUGAGCAACAAGAAGCUCAGGAAUUGGUCAUGUAGAGGAUGUUGGAUUUGAGAAAUUGCGAGAUACAGUUCCUUGUGGCAACUUCAAACAUACAGAACUAUCAGGUUCUGGACAGAUGCUGCAUAUCACAAAAAAAUCUACAACAAAUAUACAAUCAGGAACUUCUCUGGAUAUCUAUGUCACACCUAAAAAGGAAAUAUUUCCUGAGGCACAAAGGGUCAUUGAUAUUUGCAUGAAAGAUUCAGCCACUAUGACAGUAACAAGCUUAGGAGCAUACAGUCUGAGACAUAGAAAAAUUGUUUACUUGGUUGGAAAACUUCCCACAUGUAUUGGUGUCCCAUAAUGGAAGGCACUUUUAUUUUCCAGUUGUUGUCUGAGCAAAAUGUAUACAUAAACGACUAGCAAUUUUUUCAAUUGUGUUUCUUCUUUUGUGGAUUCUUUUACCAGUAUUCAAGAAACUGUUCCCUAAACAGUUGCACAAACAGGAAGCUGUUGCUAAGUGAAGGCACUGCUUGCUAUCUGGUACAAUGCCCACAUUGCCAUAGCUGAUGUUUAGACACUUGGAAGACUAUUAGUCAGUACAAAACUAUCAAGCCAGUGACUCCAUUUUUAAAGCUGAAAAGUUCACAUGCCCACCAUGUUUAAUUUAGAGAAAAAAAAUCUUUAGUCUUUGAAAAUGCUUUUAAAUGGAGACAUAUGUAAAAUGACCAAAGCUGAAAACACAGUUGGUUUGGAUUUAACUUGUGCCUAACUCAGAACAUGUUUUAAAUGACCUGAUGAAGAGACAUACUGUGAAAUCAUUAACAUUCGUGGGGGACUAAUUUUCGUGGUUGAGUUAAUCCACGAAAUUUAAUCCCAAUGAACAAGUAAAAUUCCCAUUCAUUUUAUGUUCAAAAGGUGAAAUCCAUGAAUUCAUAUCCCCAUGAAAUUGCAGUUUCUACCAAAACCAUGAAAUUUCAUGCUCAUGAAAUUUAAUGAUUUCACAGUAUUUACUAUGAAAAACUGAAGGCCUGCCAAAAAAACAGACAUUGAAGAUGUAUAUAAGAAGAUGUAUGUCCAAGUUUUGCAGCUUUUUCAAGCACAUACAGUGAGUGAAGUAAGACACAGAAGACAUUUUUAUUUCACAAAUUUAAUAUUCAGAAGAAUAACAUUUUGAUGGAUGUUUUUUUUUGUAUUUUUAUUUAUUUUUUGUUCGCAAAGAUUUGUAAUGUUUGUAUGAUGCCUAGUUUGAUAUGUAACAUAUUUUUGUAACCUUUAAUUUGGAUUUGUUUUAACCAAGAUUUUUACUAUGAUACAUUAUAUAUUUUUUGUAGUAUGAUUGUGUUAAAUUGCGAGAAGAAAAACGUUACUUCUCUCAAAGAUUAAACUGUACAAUUUUCAACCACAGAAAAACUCCACAGAGUUCAUAUUGAUCAUACCCUAAACUGGAAAAUGCAUGUUCAAAUGACACUGAAUAAAAGCAACUCCUUAUUACACUUGCUAAUCGCCCGAAGUCGUUAAUUACGAACAGUCGAGUGUUCCUUAUCGUGGUCAUUUAAACACGGGCAUCUUGACCAAAUUAAAUAUACUAGAAUUUCAGUGGAUAAGUGUUUAUACUUGUUACCUGAUAUUAAGUGUCUCAAAUAAUAAAUUGCAUAAUCUACGAUCAACAGCUCACAAAGAUCUUGUUUUGCGUAUAACACCUCGUACAAAUUAUCUUAAAGAUUCAUUCUCGUACUUCAGUGUUAAUAUUUGGAUUAAAUUACCUGCUGAAAUUAAGGAAUCAAAUACAUUACAAACAUUCAAAAAUAAUAUCAAACGACAUUUGUUCAUGUUGCAGUCCAGUGCUUAAAAUAAUUAUAUUAUUACAGUUUUUACAUAUCAUGAUGUCAGUUAUUUUAUUAUUAUUUUGUUUUGCUGUUGUUUGUUUAUUCUCUUUAAUAGUCUUAUAAUUAUGUGAGUUUCUGUCGGAUGGAUGAAUGGGAAGCUUCUAAUCGUAUUUAAUACAUUGAUUAUUGAUACAUUUUUUUUUUAAAAUAUGAUUUUGUGAAAUUUAUCAUAAAUGUUUGUAUACAUGUGCAUUGUUGUUAACUGAAGGCCAUACUGAAAAUAAGUUUACGUUUCAUUUUCAUGUUAUGUACACUUUGUAUGUUACCUUCAUUAAAUAACGAUUUUAUUAUUAUUAUUAU